AUGAUUGUGCUCAUCGUUUUGCUGAGUAUUGCUGCUCUUCUGCAACAGCCUGCUUCAAGGGCACAUGCAAAGGAAAUGGGACCCAGUGAGCGACAGGAAAUUCUGGACAAGCACAAUGCCCUGCGGAGACAAGUGAAGCCAAGUGCAAGCAACAUGCUGAAGAUGGAAUGGAGUGGUGCUGCGGAAGCAAAUGCCAAACGCUGGGCAAGUAAUUGUCAAUAUGACCACAGCCCACCAGACCAAAGAACUGCUGGCAAGUACCCGUGUGGUGAAAAUUUGCUCAUGUCAAGUGGCCCUGUCGCAUGGUCUAAAGUAAUCCAAGAGUGGUACAAUGAGGUGAACGAUUUCCAGUACGGUGUUGGAGCGGUCCGCUCAGGAGCCAAAGUUGGCCAUUACACUCAGGUGGCUUGGUACAGGUCUUACAAAGUGGGUUGCUCUGAGAACCAGUGCCCUCAAAAUCGGCUACAAUACUUCUACGUCUGCCAGUACUGCCCUGCAGGGAACAUAGUAGGAUCACUUCAAACCCCAUAUAAGUCUGGAUCACCUUGUGGGGACUGCCCUGGCUCAUGCGACAACGGAUUAUGCACCAAUCCUUGCAAAUAUACAGAUAUCGGCACCAACUGCCCUGAAUUAGCGGAGUCAUACGGAUGUAAGAAUCAAAACAUACUGAGAGACUGCCCUGCUUCUUGCCUGUGUACCAAUGAAAUAAAAUAGGUCUCCUUUUGGCAAUUAUGAUUUCCGUUGACCUCCACAAACUCACCUUCAGCAUCUUUUAAUGAUCCUUUCCAAAUGAAAUUUGUAAACAUGAUUUUAAAAUUGAAAACUCAUAAAUUAUCAUGCAUA